GAAAAAUUAUUGGUAUCCAUUCUGUGAGCGAACUGGAGACAAAGUUAAAUGUUGCUUCAAGAGCGUCGCGUCUAGCUAUCCUUUACUUUACUGCAACAUGGUGUGGGCCUUGUCGUUUCAUUUCUCCAGUUUUCACAAGCUUGGCUGAGAAAUAUCCAAAAGCUGCAUUUCUAAAGGCUGACAUAGAUGAGGCAAGAGAUGCGGCUUCAAGAUGGAACGUCAGUAGUGUUCCAGCUUUCUUUUUCAUAAAAAACGGCAAGGAGGUUGACAGAGUAGUAGGUGCUGACAAGAAUUUGCUGGAGAAAAAGAUUGUUCAAUAUGCAGGCUAACUUCAUAUUGAUUGAAUUUGUGCAUUACUUUCUCUGUUUCAGAAUCCUGUAAUAAUAGUUUGUGAUUUGGCUGAUUUGGUGAUAUAAAUAUCUUUGUUUGUUGAAAUAAAAGCACAGUUUCUCAAGUUUCUUUCAGAGGAGGACUUCCGUAGUUUCUUGGUGUUUGAAAUUUUCUAAAGCUCUAUAUUUUUCAUGUCUAUAAGAUAUUUAAUA